CUACUACAACAAGCUACUCAAUCCACACCCGGGGGGCCAAUUCACAACCCCAUACCUCAACCUCCCCACCCCAAAUCCCAUCUCCGAUACCAACCAACCAACCCCCCCUCCGGGAUAUACCCCAAUCCAACCAAAAUGGUCGACAUCCUCCCCCUCAGCAGCUACCCCUCCUACAUCGACCUCCUACCCUCGAUCCAAACCUGCAACAUCACGAACCUCCCCGAGAACUACUUUCUAAAAUACUACCUGUACCAUGCACUGACCUGGCCCCAACUAUCCUUCGUGGCCGUGGUGCGGCCCAAGAACGGCUACAGCAAGUAUACCACCACCACCACCGAGAAUGGAGGAGGACAAGGAGCCGGCAGCGCCGCAGAACAAUACCCCAAGGUAGUGGGAUACGUGUUGGCGAAGAUGGAGGAGGAGCCGACGGAUGGGGUGCCCCAUGGACAUAUCACGAGUAUUUCUGUGAUGAGGACGCAUAGACGCUUGGGGAUUGCGGAGAGGCUGAUGCGGAUGUCUCAACGCGCAAUGGCCGAAUGCCACCGCGCACAAUACGUGUCCCUGCACGUGCGCGUAUCCAACAAAGCGGCGCUGCAUCUUUACCGCGAUACUCUCGGAUUCCAGGUCGAUAGUGUGGAGAGCAAGUACUAUGCGGAUGGGGAGGAUGCGUAUGCGAUGCGCAUGGAUCUGUCGGGCAUGUUUAUCAAUUGGGCGGAGAUUGAGCGGAAGGAUCGCGAGCGGGCGGAGAAAGAUGAGAAGGAUGCGGACGAGGGUGAUGAGGUGGGUGAGUUGGGGAAGAAGGAGGAGAAGGAGAGUACUGAGAAGAUGGUUAAGGUGAAGGUUGGGCGUGGGUUGGGAGUUGGGGAUUUGGUUGAGAAGAAUGAGGCGCAGGCUUCUUCUCAGUAAUUCUCUCUUUUUAUAAAAUGGUUCUAGGUUCGGGGGAAAAGAGGGGGGUUGUCUUUCUUGUAUAAAAUAGAUGUUAUACGAUGGUUUUUGGUAGAUCUUGUUUGGUCUUGGGGUCUUGCUUGGUAUUGGUAUGGAACUGGUUGGUGCAUGGUUCUAGAUUCAUGUUGAAAAUGCAUGCUAAUG